AUGCCCACUUGGUCAGACUACACAGGCAACGGAGGAGGAGGAGCUGCGGCCAACUCCAGCCGCAAUGGGGACGGGAACGGCUACGGAUAUGGCGCGGCGCCAGAGGGCGAGCCGGCACAAGGCGAGCGAGGUUUCCGUCGGAAAUGGCUGGCUGCAAAGGCAGGCAGCAUGUACCGCGCCGGUGCAGUUGCGAUGAACGAAAUAAGAGAAGGAUAUGCGCAGACGCGGGUAAGGUCGCUUGAAGCAGACGACGGCAUGCCGAGGACGACGAUACCCGGAUCAUUCCCGGAUGUUGCCAUUACGGUGCAAGGCGACGACCAGAUGGUCAUCUUUCCGUCAUAUGCGAAGCGACACACUAAGCAAGAUUGGGGCGACGACAACGAGUAUAUCUCCAACGAACCACACGGGGCCAUUAGAGAUUCGGAGUACUGGAGGCAAGAGUGGGAGCGCAACGAAGACGAAAGGGCAAUCGUGGAUAUCGACGUCAGAGGAUGGGUUUAUUCGCCGCACAAAGGGCCCAUGACUAGACGCAAUCGGAUUCUGAUUGGGCUCGCGCGCCAGUUGAGCGGCAUCCCCGCACCCAGGCAGGAUGCCCCUCCCUCGGACUCGCUGGGGGCGCUUCACCAAUCCCAUGAAGAGAGGAGGGAGCAGGAGAAGAUUGCGAAAGAGGCGGCAGAGAUUGAGAAGAGGGGCCAGGAGGAGAGGCGCGUGGCAAAUCGCGGCGGCUUCAGUGAAGCGGCCCGAGAGGAGGACGACGACGAUGCCGGUAGCAUAUAUCCUGCGAGGUCAAGAUCCCGUAGUGGCACCCGGACGCCCAUGACAGCCCCGGGAUCGCCCAAGAUGCCAGCUAGGCAGUACACGAACGGCAACGAGCUGUCGGAGGCUGAAUUAUCCGUCGCAAACGCGAACCUCAUGGCUAGGAUAGCGCCAUUCAUGACGACACCCCUGAUCCAGCUUCCCAUCACCAUAUUCUUCUACAACGAUGAGAAGUCGGCUUCGCGGACGGUGCAGACCAAUGAUGCCGGCCACUUUGUCAUACGAGCCGCCUUGGAUUUCGUUCCGACACAUGUCCGAGUCCUAGCCAACCAAAGCCUGUCGGCAGUUCAAGAAGUCAAGAUCAUUGAACCAAGGGGCGUUAGUCUGAUUAGCGAUAUCGACGACACCAUCAAGAGGUCCAAUAUCUCUGGCGGCGCGAAGGAGAUCUUCCGCAAUACGUUCAUCCGCGAGCUGAAGGACUUGACGGUCGAGGGCGUCAAGGAGUGGUACAACGAGCUGCACGCGAUGGGCGUCAGCAUACACUACUGCUCAAACAGCCCAUGGCAGUUAUUCCCAGUUUUGGCAAGCUACUUUAUGAUUGCCGGCUUGCCUCCCGGAUCUCUCCACCUCAAACAGUACAGCGGUAUGCUCCAGGGCAUCUUCGAGCCGGUGGCCGAAAGGAAGAAGAGUACACUUACGCGGUUGAUGAAGGACUUCCCCGAGCGGAAGUUCCUGUUGGUGGGUGACAGCGGCGAGGCUGAUCUGGAAGUCUACACUGAGCUGGUCGAAACUCAUCCAGGACGAAUUAUUGCAGUAUUCAUCCGUGAUGUUACGACACCUGAGCAGAGCGGCUACUUUGAUUCAUCGUUCGAAGGCCCUGCUCGCCAGAAGGCCCCAACAAUCAGACUUCAGGACAAGAGCGACGAGCCGGCAAACAGGCCUGGUCUGCCACCACGCGGCGAGAUCAAGACAGUUGGACCCGUCAUGGGCGAUCUGAUUGACUUCUCUGACGAGCCGGAACAGGCGAACCUGGACGACGCGGCUGCGCUUGCUCAACUCAAGGCAAGGCCAAAACCUACCUCGAGUGCGAGCACGUCGGAUCUUCCUAUUCGCAAACCUCCACCGCCUCGUCCAGUCAAGCCAGCAGCCCUUCGCAGUGCUCCUUCAGACACGAAGGUGCCUACGCUGGGGUCUAAUGGCGGUUCUGCUCCACCUCCGCCUGCACCGCGGUCGAGAAAGCCGUCUGCUGACCGAUCCGCCCCUCAUCCGCUGUCGCAAAUACACAACGCAUCGCAACAGACGGUUGGUAGCACCAGCAGCUUACCCAAAACAGCAAAGAUACCAGCGUCGACUACCCCAGAGGAGAUGAGCAAAGCAUUCAAAGUCCCACCACCGCCGCCACCUCCGCGCCGCAGGGACACCCCGUCCGGGGCCCGAAGCCUCAGCCCGCGGACGCUCAAUCGGCAGAGACUGUCAAAUAACGAUGACAUCGACUUUGAAGCCCUCCCACCGUCGGCCGGUCCUCAGCCGCCCGCGUUCGCAAAGACUAAGUCGAAUAGCCUCAAGUCGGGAGCCACCUCUCCAACGUUGGGGUCUCCGACGAUGGGACCCACGUACCCCAACAGGAAGCACGAGUUAUGGAUGCGUCGUCUGCAGCGCGCACAGGAAGUAUUGGAGCAGCACGGAGUUGCCUUGUACACAUGGCGGAGGGGCGAUGAUGUUGUUGCUGAAGCAGUGGGCAUGGUAGAGGAAGAACUUAAAAGAGUAGGAAAUGGGAAAGGGAAUGGAGAGAAGGAUGCCCGGGCGGACGGGAAGAGGUUUGAGAGGCAGUUGAAGGCGGAACAGCAACACAGGCAGCAGAGGCCGCCGCAACAGCAGUGGAGGUGA